UGGAGUGACGGGAGGGAGUCCCUUUUACUUCUGCCUCCCAGCUAUGGCGCCGCGGUGCCGCACCCAGUCCCCAGCUGGCCGCCCACUACUCGACGACGCUAUCCCAAGUUCCCACAGAGGGUGAGGAUUGGAGUAGGUACGCGGGAGCGGCGGGGCGCUGCCUGAGACCGGAACCAUGAGGAGUUGCCGGACCUGUGGGGCGGUUAGCUGGAGCCGCCGCGGCACCUGCUGAGGAAAAGGGAGAGGCCGGGCCGGUGAGGCGGCGGCGCGGUCGGGGCGCGGCGGAGGCUCGCCGGCUUCUCGGCCAUGUCACUGCUCUGCGUGCGCGUUAAAAGAGCCAAAUUCCAGGGUUCACCAGAUAAGUUUAACACAUAUGUGACCCUGAAAGUACAGAAUGUGAAGAGUACAACUGUAGCAGUUCGUGGUGAUCAACCUUCUUGGGAACAAGAUUUCAUGUUUGAGAUCAGUCGUCUGGACUUGGGUCUAAGUGUGGAGGUAUGGAACAAAGGACUGAUCUGGGAUACAAUGGUGGGGACUGUGUGGAUUGCUCUGAAGACUAUUCGUCAGUCAGAUGAGGAAGGGCCUGGGGAAUGGUCUACCCUGGAAGCAGAGACAUUAAUGAAAAAUGAUGAGAUAUGUGGAACUAAAAACCCAACUCCUCAUAAGAUUUUGCUUGAUACAAGAUUUGAGUUGCCUUUUGAUAUACCAGAAGAGGAAGCCAGAUAUUGGACCUAUAAAUUGGAGCAAAUCAAUGCUUUUGGAGCUGAUAAUGAGUAUUCUAUUCAAGAAGAAAGCCAGAGGAAGCCCUUGCCCACUGCUGCCGCCCAGUGUUCCUUUGAAGAUCCUGAUAGUGCCGUCGAUGACCGAGACAGUGACUAUCGCAGUGAGACCAGCAAUAGCAUUCCACCUCCUUACCAUACAACUUCCCAGCCCAAUGCUUCUGUUCAUCAGUUUCAUAUGCCAGUUCGAUUGCCACAGCAGCUACUGCUUCAGGGCAGUUCCCGGGACUCUUGCAGUGAUUCUAUGCAGAGUUAUGACCUCUAUUAUCCAGAGCGACAGGCCCUCAGCCCCACCAGCAGUAGUAGGUAUGGCUCUUCCUGUAAUGUGAGUCAAGGAAGCUCUCAGCUGAGUGAACUAGACCAGUAUCCUGAACAAGAUGAUGAUCGUCGGGAGAGGGACUCCAUUCAUUCCUGCCACAGCUCUGGUAGCCUCUCCAGAGAUAGCAAGCCCAAUUUUGGAGAACAAGAGAAAGCCUUGGAGGUGACAUGUGAAGCAGAAAAAGAGAGAAUAUGUGAACUCAAGGAGAUAAAAGAAGAUGCUACAAUCCAUCCUCCCUCAGAUCUGAUACUACACAAGGACCACAUCGUAGGCCCCCAGGAGAGUCUUCCUGAGGAGAAUGCAUCUUCACCAUUUACCCAAGCCAGAGCGCACUGGAUCCGAGCAGUUACCAAGGUCCGACUCCAGCUGCAGGAGAUUCCAGAUGAUGGUGACCCAUCUCUGCCUCAGUGGCUUCCAGAAGGGCCAGCUGGAGGGCUCUAUGGCAUUGACAGUAUGCCAGAUCUACGCAGAAAAAAGCCACUGCCUCUUGUCAGUGAUCUGUCACUGGUCCAGUCCCGGAAGGCGGGGAUUACUUCUGCAAUGGCUACACGUACCUCUCUCAAGGAUGAAGAGCUGAAAUCCCAUGUAUAUAAGAAAACCCUGCAGGCCUUAAUCUACCCCAUCUCCUGUACUACACCUCACAACUUUGAGGUCUGGACAGCUACUACUCCCACCUACUGCUAUGAGUGUGAAGGUAUGCUCUGGGGCAUUGCCCGGCAGGGCAUGCGCUGCAGUGAGUGUGGCGUCAAGUGCCAUGAGAAGUGCCAGGACCUGCUCAAUGCUGACUGCCUGCAGCGCGCUGCAGAAAAGAGUUCUAAACAUGGAGCUGAGGAUCGGACCCAGAACAUUAUCAUGGCCAUGAAGGACCGCAUGAAGAUUCGAGAGCGGAAUAAGCCAGAGAUCUUUGAAGUUAUCCGGGAUGUCUUCACAGUGAGCAAAGUUGCCCAUGUUCAGCAGAUGAAAACGGUGAAACAAAGUGUACUAGAUGGGACCUCCAAAUGGUCAGCCAAAAUUACCAUCACGGUGGUGUGUGCCCAGGGCCUACAAGCCAAGGACAAAACAGGAUCCAGUGACCCUUAUGUGACUGUGCAAGUUGGCAAAACCAAGAAACGUACAAAGACCAUUUUUGGAAACUUGAAUCCUGUUUGGGAGGAGAAGUUCCAUUUUGAGUGCCACAAUUCUUCCGACCGCAUUAAGGUACGUGUGUGGGAUGAAGAUGAUGAUAUCAAGUCCAAAGUAAAACAGCGGCUAAAGCGAGAGUCUGAUGAUUUUCUCGGCCAAACUAUCAUUGAGGUUCGGACACUGAGUGGCGAGAUGGAUGUCUGGUACAAUCUGGAGAAAAGGACAGACAAGUCAGCUGUCUCAGGGGCUAUCCGACUACAAAUCAGUGUGGAGAUCAAGGGAGAGGAGAAGGUAGCCCCAUACCAUGUGCAGUAUACAUGUCUCCAUGAGAACCUUUUCCAUUUCCUCACAGACAUUCAAGGCAGUGGAGUAGUCCGGAUCCCUGAGGCUCGAGGAGAUGAUGCAUGGAAGGUUUACUUUGAUGAGACAGCCCAAGAAAUUGUGGAUGAGUUUGCCAUGCGCUAUGGCAUCGAGUCCAUAUACCAGGCCAUGACGCACUUUGCAUGUUUGUCAUCAAAAUAUAUGUGUCCUGGUGUGCCAGCCGUGAUGAGUACUUUAUUGGCCAACAUCAAUGCCUACUAUGCCCACACAACUGCCUCCACCAAUGUCUCUGCAUCUGAUCGUUUUGCAGCCUCAAACUUUGGGAAAGAGAGAUUUGUUAAACUGCUGGACCAGCUCCACAACUCACUGCGGAUUGACCUCUCUACAUACAGAAAUAACUUCCCUGCUGGAAGCCCUGAGAGGCUUCAGGAUUUAAAAUCUACAGUGGAUUUGUUGACUAGCAUCACCUUUUUUAGAAUGAAGGUACAAGAACUGCAGAGCCCUCCAAGAGCCAGCCAGGUGGUAAAGGAUUGUGUGAAGGCUUGUUUGAACUCUACAUAUGAGUAUAUCUUCAAUAACUGCCAUGAUUUAUACAGCCACCAAUACCAGCUGAAUCAGGAGCUACCUCCAGAGGAACAAGGACCCAGCAUUCAGAACCUAGAUUUCUGGCCCAAACUCAUUACACUCAUUGUGUCAAUCAUAGAGGAAGAUAAGAAUUCUUAUACACCUGUUCUGAACCAGUUUCCUCAAGAGUUGAAUGUGGGAAAAGUAAGUGCAGAAGUGAUGUGGCAUCUGUUUUCCCAAGACAUGAAAUAUGCACUGGAAGAACAUGAGAAAGGCCGGCUCUGUAAGAGUGCUGACUACAUGAACCUGCACUUCAAGGUGAAGUGGCUCCACAAUGAAUAUGUUCGGGAUCUGCCUGCCCUCCAGGGGCAGGUGCCUGAGUACCCAGCGUGGUUUGAACAGUUUGUACUCCAGUGGCUAGAUGAAAAUGAGGAUGUGUCCCUGGAAUUCCUUCGUGGGGCUCUGGAACGAGAUAAGAAAGAUGGGUUCCAGCAGACAUCAGAGCAUGCACUCUUUUCCUGUUCUGUGGUGGAUGUCUUCACACAGCUCAACCAGAGCUUUGAGAUCAUCCGGAAGUUGGAAUGCCCUGACCCCAGCAUCCUUGCUCACUACAUGAGGAGAUUUGCUAAGACCAUCGGGAAAGUACUGAUGCAGUAUGCAGACAUAUUAUCAAAGGACUUUCCAGCUUAUUGCACAAAGGAGAAACUGCCCUGCAUUCUGAUGAACAACAUGCAGCAACUAAGAGUCCAACUGGAGAAAAUGUUUGAGGCCAUGGGAGGCAAGGAGCUGGACCCUGAAGCUGCAGACAGUCUGAAGGAGCUGCAAGUGAAACUGAAUACAGUUCUGGAUGAACUCAGUAUGGUGUUCGGAAACAGCUUCCAGGUGCAGAUUGAUGAGUGUGUUCGACAAAUGGCCGACAUCCUGGGCCAGGUUCGGGGCACAGGGAAUGCAUCCCCCAACGCUAGGGCCUCAGUGGCUCAAGAUGCAGAUAGUGUGCUGAGGCCUCUCAUGGACUUCUUGGAUGGCAACCUCACACUCUUCGCCACUGUAUGUGAGAAGACUGUUCUGAAGCGAGUCCUGAAGGAGCUCUGGCGGGUGGUAAUGAAUACCAUGGAAAGGAUGAUUGUUCUGCCACCUCUCACUGAUCAGACGGGCACCCAGCUGAUCUUCACUGCUGCCAAGGAGCUGAGUCAGCUUUCCAAACUCAAGGACCACAUGGUGCGAGAAGAAACACGUAAUCUCACUCCAAAGCAGUGUGCUGUCCUUGACCUGGCCCUGGAUACCAUCAAGCAAUACUUCCAUGCAGGAGGAAAUGGACUAAAGAAAACCUUCCUAGAGAAGAGCCCAGAUCUGCAGUCUCUGCGUUAUGCCCUAUCCUUAUACACACAGACCACGGACACUCUCAUCAAGACAUUUGUGCGCUCACAGACUGCUCAGGGGUCUGGUGUGGAUGAUCCUAUGGGAGAAGUCUCUAUUCAGGUGGACUUGUUUACACACCCUGGUACUGGGGAACACAAGGUCACAGUGAAAGUGGUGGCUGCCAAUGACCUCAAGUGGCAGACAGCGGGUAUGUUCCGGCCUUUUGUGGAAGUGACCAUGGUUGGCCCACACCAAAGUGAUAAGAAGAGGAAGUUCACAACCAAGUCCAAAAGCAACAACUGGAGCCCCAAGUACAAUGAAACAUUUCACUUCCUCCUUGGAAAUGAAGAGGGUCCAGAGGCCUAUGAGUUGCAGAUCUGUGUGAAGGAUUACUGCUUUGCCCGAGAAGAUCGUGUGAUAGGGCUGGCAGUGAUGCCCCUAAGGGAUGUGGCAACUAAGGGCAGCUGUGCCUGCUGGUGUCCCUUGGGCAGGAAGAUCCACAUGGACGAGACAGGCAUGACCAUUCUUCGGAUUCUAUCUCAGAGGAGCAAUGAUGAGGUGGCCCGCGAAUUUGUGAAACUUAAAUCAGAGUCUCGAUCCACAGAAGAGGGGAGUUGAACACUCCUGGCUUAGUGCCAACCAGGUGACACCAAUUACACAAAUCCAAGCCAAUGGGAGUGGCCAGAUUAGGGUCCUUGUGGACAAGAGGCUGACCCUUUCACUAAGAAUAUUAAGGAAAAUUUGAGGAUAGUAAGAGUAUGGCUUUUCAUUGAAAGGAUCAUAAAUUCCUGACUACCAGGUAUGUGGUGCUAGGAGCUGAGCUACAGAAGCUACCAUGGGGAGAGGUUUUCCAUAAAAACAUAGGGACAGGGACUGGGGGUUUAGCCCAGCAGAAGGGCGCCUGCCCGGCGCGCGCAAGGCCCUGGGUUCGGUCCUCAGCCCUGGGGGAAAAAAUAGGGACAUACAUUUCUGAGAGUGUCAGCUCUUCUUGGUAGUUACCUUUCCCACUCCACGCCCUGUCCCCCCCCACACACCUUCUACAAAACAUGAUUUAUCCAGUUAGACACAUUAGAACAAGUUUAGAGAGUUUAAGCUUGUGCCUGAUUGGCUAGGUAGUUGGUUGAGCCUUACAGGUAUUAAUGGGCCCUGUAAUCUAUACUGGAUAAUGGCCAGAGUAAGGAGCAGACAGAGUAGAAUUCAGCAGAACUGUUUCUGUCUUCAGUGAGAAACAAGGCCUUGAAAGUGAACAAAGUAGCUUCUAAAAAACAGCUGUGCUAAUCCCUUCCCUCAGAGUAUAUCUGUUAUUAGUUCAGUUUCACAUGGUGCUUCAGAGCCCUGAGCAGAAUAUUUCUUUAAUCUUAGGAACCUGGGGACAUUUUCCCAGAGUUCUCAUUCCUGUAGGGAGGAAAGUGACCACUUAGGACAUGAGAGGGUAUUCUUAUAUGUACAGACAUUAGGGCUAGCUGAAGUAUCCAGGAAUAUUUUCCUCUUGAGUAGGCCCUGAAUAAAGCCAAAAAUUGUGAAAGCCAGGCUAGGAAGUGUUUUCCUUGCCUAUGGCCACUGCCUUCUGGCUAUCCUCCUUGUAGAAAGAAUCUAGCCUUUGGCCUUUCUCUCUGUCAUGAGAUCAGCUGCUAUUCCCCUCUGAUGCUCACUCACAUAGAAGAUACAUGGACUCUGAUACCUGUGUACAAGCUGGAUGGAGGGUGGGGCUGGACAUCCCUUGGAAGAUUCAGACACAAACUCAGCUUGGAUUACCAGGCCCUUGCUCAGAGAUGUGACAUGGUCCUUGGAUUUCCUCAAUAGCAGCAUCCUGAAUUUACUGAGGACUCAGCAUUGUCCACAGCUGUACCUCCAAAACAUGAAAGAAGAAACAAAGCCUUUUUGCUGUUUUUAAUUAUUGUAUAUGCUACUGUUACAAGAGAUUAUAGGAUAGUCUGUAAUAAAUUAUCUUAUAGCAGUC